AUGGUUGACUGUAAACCCUCGGAAACACCUAUGAUGAUGAACCAUAAGUUAUUUAUAGGAAACGGUGCCAAAAAUGCUGACCAAAAUAGGUAUCAACGAAUAGUGGGGAAACUAAUAUAUCUCUCACAUACUCAGCCUGAUAUAGUAUAUGCUGUGGGAGUAGUCAGUCAGUCUAUGCAUCAGCCUCAGGAAGCUCAUAUGAAUGCUUUCUUAAGGAUCCUUCGGUAUUUUAAAGAAACAUCAGGUCAUGGAGUUCUGUUUGAACCCAAUGAACAUUUAAAUAUCCAGGUAUAUAGAGAUGCAGAUUGGGCUGGAGACAAAGAAAACAUGCGGUCAACAUCAGGAUAUUUUUCCCCAGUAGGCGGAAACCUUGUGACAUGGAGAAGUAAAAAGCAGAAGGUAGUGUCACUUUCAAGUGCUGAAGCUGAAUUUAGGGGUAAAGCCAGAGGAUUAGCAGAAGCACUCUGGAUCAGGAAACUCAUAUAUGAAGUGGGGUUUGCACCAAAAUAA